AGAAAAAGUUUUCAGGUUUUCACUGUUAAAUAUGAUGUUAGCUGUGGCAUUGUCAUAGAUAGCCUUUAGGAUGUUGAGGUAUGUUCCCUCUACAUUCACUGUGUUGAAAGUUUUUAUCACAAUGAAUGUUGGAUUGCAACUUACUUUUAAAUGCAUCAAAAAGAUAUAAUGGGUAGAUGGAUGGAUGGUCGGACAGACAGAUAGUGAUGAAGCAAAUGGAGCAAGUAUUAAGCAUAGACUAACUGAUGGGUAUAUGGGUAGUCAUAUUCGAGUUUUGUGUGCUUGAAAAUUCUCGUAAUAAAAUGUUUAGAAAAAUUAUUUAACCUAUUAAUUUUCCUCUGGCAAAAAAUUAAGCAAAGCACUGGAAGGGAAGUUAAAGAGUGACUGGGGUGGGGGCUGCAGUCUUAAAUAAGAUCAUUCAAGAAGACCUCCCUGAGGAGACCUUGGAGAUGAGAGUGAGCCACGCAGAGAUCUUGGGAAAGAAUAUUCUGGGUAAAGGGAACGAUAAGUACAGAAAGGCCCUGGGGCACAAAUGGGUUCCUGGGGUUCCUGAAACAGUGAGGCCAGCAUAGCUGAAGCCAAAGGGGCGAGGGUGAGUGUAGAUGAGGCCAGAGGAGCAGCGGGGAGGCUGAUCCCACGGGCCUCAUGGGCCACUGUUUAGCCUUUGACUUUUGCUCUGAAUGAGUGGGAUGCAGGAACAGCAUGAUCCACCGGGAUUGCUUUUGUCAGUGUAGUGAGACCAGACUGGAGCAGGCAAGGCCAAAGCAAGGAGAUCAGUGAGGAGACGAUGGGAGUAGUCUGGCAAGAGAUGGUGGCAGCUUUGGCCUGAGUGGCAGUGGCAGAAGUGGUAAGAAGUGGUCAGAUUCUGGAGAUAUUUUGAAUGUAGAACCAAUAGUAUUUGGGCACGGAUUGGAUGUGGAAGCGAGGAAAAGAAAGGAGUCAAAGUUGACAGAUUGGAACCGGGAAGAUUACAGUUAGGGGAAGAUCGUGGGUUCAUUUGGGGGAGGUCAAGUUUGAGAUGUUUGCUAGACUUUCAAGUAGAGACAAGGAGUAGGCCAGGACUUUAGAUUCAGAAGAAAUGGAGAGAGAGGAUGAAGAAGUCAUGAGAGAAACCAGAGGACUGGAGGAGGGUGUGUUAGCCCUGCUGAUGGGUCAGGUGAGAGGAAGAGUGAGCACAGACCUUGAGAUUUGGGUGGUGGGCUCCUCCCCCACUGCAGCCUCAGCCCGGGGCUUAGUCUGACAAAAGAGGUGGAACCAUUUCCCCAAGUCCAUGGCCGACCUAGUUCUUUCCGUUACUCUUUUCAGCUGAUUACACGCAGUCUCGUGCAACUUCGAGAUUUGUCCACUUUAACACACACAGCUGUAGAUCAAGAGUCAGCAAAUUAAGGCCCUCGGAACAAAUCUGUUUUAGUAAAUAUCCACAGCCAUGCCCAUUCUGGUUGUCUACGGCUGCUUCCACACUCUAACAGAUGGUUGCCAGAGACCAUAUGGCCUGUGAAGCCAAAAAUAUUUACUGUCUGGUUUUUCAAAGGGAAAGUUUGCUGACUCCUUUUCUUUUUUACUAGAACAGUGUGUCAUUCUAGACACAGAAAUAUACAAGAUAUUGAACAUUUAGGUGCAUCUCAAUUUUUCACUAUUAUGAAAACGCUCCAGCAAACAUACCUAACCAUGUUUCUUUGGGCUCAUGUGCACCUGGAAGUGAGAUUGCUGGUUUGUAUGAUACAGGCAUCUUCAGUUUUGGUAGAUUUUGUCAAAUUGUUCUCCAAUAUGGCUGAAAUGAUUUACACUCCCAACGGCAGUAUGAAAAAGUUCCUCGAAAACUUUGUAUCGUGUUGUCAAACUUUAUCAGUUGGCAAUCUUAUAUUGUUUGUAGAUUCCUUUGGUUAUUCUGGCUAUGGAUGAUAGUUUUGCUCUUUUCCUUGUCUUGGUGCUCUGGCUGGGCAUAACAGUACUGUAUUUUGUUCAAUGAAAAAAUUAAAAAUUUUGUAACUGGCUUUAAAGGGAAUAAUGCUUAGCAUUUUACCAUAUACUAUGGUGUUUUACUGUUAAGCAUAUUUGCAAGUUUAAGGAUUUAUUUUGAGAGGACUCACUUAGAAAACCAGUUGCACUAGUGGCUUUUGAGAUAUAUGGCUAAUCAGUAUCUAUUUCUUUUUCAAUUAGUCUUGGCAAAUUAUCUUUUUCUAGAAAAUUGUCCUUUUCAUCUAAACUUUAAAUUUACUAAUGGCAUAAAGUUUAAAAUCUUUUUGUCAUUUCUGAUAUAUCGAGAUAGUUAUGUUCUUUUUGCAAUUAAUGUUUACUGUAUUGAUCUUUUCAAAGAUCUAGCUUUGCUUUGUGGUCUACACUAGUGUUAUUGUUUUCUAUUUCAUCAAUUUCUGCUCUUUAUUAUUAUCAUCCUUCACUUUCUUUGGGUUUACACUGUUAUUCCUUUUUAAAAUUGACACUGUUCAUAAAUUUUCCAUAUUACUUCUUACCUCAUACAAGGCUAUAAAUCUUCUAAAUGCUGCUUUAGUUGCUUCCCGCCCCACCCUGAGUUUUUACAUGUAUUCUCAUUUUUGGUUUGAUCUAAAUAGGUUUCAUUUCUAUAUGAUUUCAUAUUUGAGUAAUACAUUUUUUAAGAAAAAUGUUUAAAUUUGGAGCUUACUUGGCUCGUGUCUGUGGUCAGGGAUUGUUGUAUGAAAUGGAGUAGUUGGUAUCUGUUGACUAAUUUCUCAGAAUCUAGUAGUUAAGUCAUUUUUUUUUUUUGGUAAAUGUUUCCUAUGUGCUUGAAAGUAACAUAUUGAGUUCAGGGUUAUAUCAGAGUCCAUUGAUGAGGAUUAUUAAUAGUAUUAAAAUCUUCUAUAUUCUUUUGGCUGUUUGGUCUAUCAGUUACUGAAAUAGCUCUUAAAGCUCCUACUAUGCUGGAGGAUUUGGCAAUUUUUCCUUGUACCGAGACUUUUGCUUUAAACACUUUUCGACUUUUUUUUUUUUUACCUCUAACAUACAAGUUCAGAAUUGUUAUGUCAUCCUAGAUAUUGUUCUUUUAAUCAUUGUGGUGACCUCUUUGUCUCUAAUAAUGUCUUUUGCCUUAAAGCCUAUUUUGUCUGAUUUUUCUAUAGAUAAUCUUUUGGUUAGUUUUUCUCAAGUGUACUUUUUUCCAUUUUUUUACUUUUGAUGACCUAAGGUUUUAAAUGUCUUCUUGUAAACAGCAUAGAGCUGCAUUUUUUUGUUGUUGCUGCCAAUCUGAUCAUCCCUGUUUUAAUAGGUGAAUAUGAAACAUUUUCUACCUCUGGUUUUGUACCAUUUAUAUACCAUUCUUUUACUUUGCUUCCCUUUUCAUCUUUUCUGUCUUCCAUUGUAUUUUAAUAUCCUUUUCUAACCAUUUUUCUGCAUUGGCAGUUAUACUUCCUAUUUCUAUUCUUUUAGCGAUUUCUGUUAAGUGUCUGAAAUACGUACCUGACUUUACAAAGCUAGACAAUUAUCAUCUUUAUCCUCCUCCUCCUCUCAAAAAAAUCUUCUUAGAAUACUUGAACUCUGAUUACCCCCUCCAGUCUUACCUGUCACUGUGUCCCAUGCUCCUUGUUUUGCAACCCACAAAUUAAUCAUCACUAUUCACGUGCCAAGUAAGUGCAUGUUAAAUGACUUAUGUGUUUCCCAGUUUAGUUGCUCACCAUUUUCUCACCUAAUUUCUUCUUUUAGAGUUCUAUAAACUCACUACAAAGUGCCUAGAUGCUUUUAUUUUUAUUUAUUCUGCUCUGGAUUUUAUGUGAGGAUCCUGGUCUUUAAUCAAUUUUGGAAGCUCUUCUUCAGGAACUGCCUCUCCAUCUUUCUUUUCUCUCCUUCCGGAAUUCUGAUUGGCCGUGUGAGUUCUUCUCAACUUUAGGUCACUUCCUCUUUUAUAUGUUCCAUCACCUUGUUUCUCUAUUUAAUCACUUCUGAUUAUCCUUCAAUUCAGAGAGAUUCUCUUCUGCGGUGUCUAAUCUUUUUUGCCUCAUCCUUUGAGACUUGAAUUUCAAUAGUUUUUCGCCAAUUCUAGAAAUUCCUUUUAAAAUCUGUGUUCCUUUUUAGUAUCUUGCUUUUAUAUUUUAAUCUCUCCCUAUCCCACCUUUUUCUCUAACCAUAAGCUCCAGGAAUGAGAGGAGGACUUUUGGUUAACUGCUGUUAUCCUCAGCGCCUCUGGAACUAAGAGACUCUGCGUAUGCACUGUCAGAUGACAGUGAAGCAGGAACAGAGGAUGCCGAUCUGCAUCCUGGCCUGCGAUUUUCCCGCCGCCUCUGGAGCUGCGAGCACCCGGCUUUUUCAGUCUCGGCUCAGCCUGGGCCUGGGGGAGAGGGGCCACACAGGCCAUGACGUCACAGGACUGUGACGCGCCCUGGGCGCCCCCGCCCUUUACAGAGCGAGUCGGGGAUCCAGGCUCUCUGCGCCCUGACGUCACGGUCUGGGCGGGCGGGUUUUGCGUCGGCCCAAUGGGAGCAGCGCACCGGCCUCCCCUUUAAGGAAUGUUGUGACCUGACGUCACCCAGGCGAGUUACCUCCCCGAGCCUCCGCCGCCGGGCUCAGCGUGAGCCCCGGAGCCCUUGAGCGUGAGGUGCGGAGCCCCUGAACCACAGCUACAUCCCUAAGCCGUGCACCUCGGAGCCUCAGCCUGUGCGCCCUGCCGGGCCCGCGAGAUGCCCUCUGACCGGCCUUUCAAGCAGCGGCGGAGCUUCGCCGACCGCUGUAAGGAGGUGCAGCAGAUCCGCGACCAGCACCCCAGCAAGAUCCCGGUGAUCAUCGAGCGCUACAAGGGUGAGAAGCAGCUGCCUGUCCUAGACAAGACCAAGUUCCUGGUCCCAGACCAUGUCAACAUGAGCGAGUUGGUCAAGAUAAUCCGGCGCCGCCUGCAGCUUAACCCCACGCAGGCCUUCUUCUUGCUGGUGAACCAGCACAGCAUGGUGAGCGUGUCCACGCCCAUCGCAGACAUCUAUGAGCAGGAGAAAGAUGAUGACGGCUUCCUCUACAUGGUCUACGCCUCCCAGGAAACCUUCGGCUUCUGAGCCAGCAGUAGGGGGGGGGGGUUUGGCUUGGGAGUGGGGGGCCCUAUCAGGCUCUGCCCAGAGAGCUCCUGGCUCCUGAACUGAGCUGCUUCUGCCCCUGGGGGGCUGGGCAGGGAUGCUGCCCCUUAGGGGGCACCAACCACUCUGACUCUGUCCUGGGUGCAUCCUGGGCUAGUCAUGCAGUCAUGUUAGGGUUGUCCCUCUGGGUGCUUGAUGGGGGAAGGUAUGGAGCAGCCCCGCCCCCGCCCCCAGCACCCCUGCUGUCUGGUUUAUCUUUUUUUUAGUUCCUGCCUGUCUGCCCCUCCCCCACCUGAGGCGCUGCCCCCUGCCUGGACCUACCCUCUCCUGAAGGACUAGUCCCCGGCUCACCUGGUCUUGAAUGGAUCUGUGGUCAUUGUCCCUCUGCAGAAUAAAGAUUGCUCAGGCCUGCCUGGC